UCCAAGCUGUCGCACGCCGAUUACACAUCACGCACUUCAAAUGGGUUCUACCGAAACUAUGCAAGUUUUUGAAAAUGUUCAACUUAUGGCCGAAAAUGUGCUUGCUCACAAUAUGAGACAACAGCAAUUGCAGCCGCAACAGGCUCAACAAGAAGUACAGCAGCAACAACAGCAGCAGGUGCAACACCAACCACAACAACCAAUAGCGGAAAUAGAAACGGAAAUGGUAUCAGAACUUCAGGUCAACGAGAGCGUUCGUUAUGAAAUGACGACAUCUCGUCAGGAAACUUUUUUGGCGCGAUAUUGAAACGGGGUCUUGAAUGUCCACUUGAACAGACGAAUUGUGAUUGUCACCGAAGGUGAAGCCAAUAUACAAGGGUAUCAAGCAUUUAUUCAUUUCACACCGAACGAGUAACAAUAAAAAAUCACAGAAAAAUCUCUCUCUCUCUUUCACACACACAAAACUUCUUU